CAGUACAUGAAGGCAACACCAUCCUCGUCUCGUCCCGGGUGAACGGCGUCACAGACGCGAUAUGUCAUUUCGACGGAUAAAUUACCGCUUGUAAACGCCGUCCCAUCUCCUAUGCUGUUCCCGAGCCAGGAUAAUGUCUGUGAACGACCGUUAGUCUGGUUAUACUUGUACAUCUUUAGAAUAUCGCUCGCUUGGUUUUGAAUUAGGACGAGGAUGAUGUUUCCAGCGGGCAACAUGUCCCUCAUCGCGCUGAUUUUAGCGCUGCUCACCAUCGUCCUCUGCACUUCUCAGGUCAGUGCGAACGAGGACUGUCUGUGGUACGUGGAUAAAAACGGCACCUGGCACAACGGCUUCGACUGCCCUCUCAUCACGUUUUGCUGUGGGAACUGCCACCGGCGCUACUGCUGCCUGGACGCCUUUAAGAUGAUCCCAGAGAGGGAGCAGAAACGCUGCAUGCUCUUUCAGUUCAGCCCCACCACUUUAGCUGGCAUUGCCUCUUCCGUCCUCCUGUUUGUGGCGAUCAUUGCGACCAUGGUCUGCUGCUUCAUGUGCUCCUGCUGUUACCUCUACCAGAGAAGGCAGCAGAGGGGCAGGACACCUUAUGAUGUCCAGCAGAUCCCCAUGGCCAGCUAUCCAGUGGAGCCCAUGUAUGAUGCUUAUGGAAAACCACUGGGACCCUCUGAGUAUCCACAUGCAGGUUAUCCAAUGGCGCCACUGUACACUGGCAUGCCUCCGCAUUACCCGAUGAUGCAGCCUGGACCUUAUCCACCACACCUGAUGGAUCCUGCAUACAGCCAGGCCCCUCCACCUUACUCUCCACCUCAGUAUCCUGGUCAUUGAUGGGCUCAUCUACAGUACACACAUGCACACACACAGAGUGGGAAACAACAGCAACUGAGAGAAAGGACUGUUUCAAAAGGAGAAGGCAGCAACACUCUCUCUCACACUCAAACACACAUGCACACACUCAAUCGCUACAGCUCGACUAGCAGUGGUUUGUCUGUUUAAGAGAACUGGAGGCACUUUAAGGUUUUUCUAUGUUUAUUUACCGUACAAUGUUGUCCUACAUUUCUGGAGUAUUGACGCAACUCAAAUUGUGUUCUGCAACCCGACACCUGAUUGCUCCCAGCGGGUUUUGCAGAGACGUCACACCUUCCCUAAAGUGAGGAGGUAUCUGGCUGGCGUCUCGACUCUGUGCUGCCACUUGUGCUCUGACACACUUACCUCAAAAACAGGGUGUCACCUUACAGAACAGGGGUCUGAAGGGGUUCAUAAAAAUGAUAAUGCACUCCCUCUUUAUUUAUAAAAGGCAAAAAUGCUUUACUUCCUCACUUUUGUUAAAUUUGAAUGAAUUGAUACCUCCCUAAGGCUACAUUCUUGGUCACACACUCUCCAAAUAUGAUGACAUGAUGUCUUUAUUUCUGUAUUAGAUUAUUUAUUUUUUUUCGUAAUGUGGUAGAGACUAAAGUGAAAAACAAAUGGCAUGUUUGAUUAAAAAGGUGACAUGUAUGCUCAAAGGCAGUGUGACACUGUCUUAAAUUUGCAGACGGCCUAAAGGAUUUCAUGGUACUCCUAAUUCUGUGUAAGAGGCCUUUAGUCACCUGCUAGUUUCAACUUUGUUUAUUCUUUUUUGUAUCUGGCUCGACUAAUUUACUUCAUGGUAGUAUAUUAGCUGCUUAAUUCUAAUGUAACAUCUCAUCAGCAUGCUACCCCAGUCAAAGUUAUCUGUUCUCUAUUGCUUUUUUCUGGUUUUAAAUGAAUUAGAAGUCUUUAGAUUAAUCCCAUAAUGCCAUUUGGUAUGUUUUCCAGUGAAAUUCAUGUUAAAUUGUUAUUUCUUGUAACAUAUCAGGUCAGGGGAGUUGCAGGUCAUGCUGCUUGGUUUAAACAAAAUGUCCCGCCUUAGAAAAAUUAACCACAACGGGAAAAAAAGAGACUAUUUAAAUACAUAUUUUGUAAAUUUGUUCUUCAGCUGAAUAUUUUAUGAUAUUGUAACAAGUUAUUUUAAACAUAAUGUAUUGUUAUUGUAACAUAACAUAUGAUGUUUUAGCAUUUGGUAUUUCUUAUUAUUGAGGUUACCUUUUUCUGUGAAUGGGUUCUCCCCUUGUGGACUUGUGGUCAGAGAAAGUUGAUUUUUUUCUGACCACCUCACUUUAAAGUACCAGUUUGACAUUUUGGGAAAUAUGCUUAUUUGCUUUCUUGCUGAGAGUUAGAUGAAGAAGAUCAAUACCAAUCUCAACAGAUAUCAUGGAAUCAAUCUUCUCAUCGUUACUAUACAAAAAAGCAGAUAGGUGUAUUUCCCAAAAUGUCAAACUAUUCCUUUAAAUUCACACUUAAGGUUUCGGGUUCCAGUGAGGUCAGGGCCUGUAACCUGUAAUUAUAGUUUAGCAGUCUAGUUUAGCAUCUUGGACAGCCCUGUGCUUUUUGUAAGAUGUAUGAACUGUAAAACAUGACAUCUCAAGCAUGUGUUGUACAGUAAGCUGUCUGACUAAUGGGUAAUAAUUAUCUUUAUUCAGGUGUAAUGUAUCUCAACCUCAAAGUCAAAUAAAACAAAACACUGUCAUCAUGCUGAUCAGAGAAGCCUGAAGCUUUUCCUUGAGAGAUACUGCUGUAUCUUGUCUCUAAAAAAAAAAAAAAAAAAAAAAAAAAAAAAGAACUAGUACUGCUAGUUUACAGCAUAAAUUGUUUCCUCCCAUGGCGACGUCCAUUUGUACAGAUUUGUUGAGCCUUUGUAAAGCACAGAGAACACUGGACUUUUCUUGGUAAGAUGCUUUCAUAUGUAGUUUGACAUAACAUUUGAUCAAUGAUGUUUCUGUUUGUUUGUGCUUCUAGACCAACUCCAUGAGUGUGUUUACUGAAACUGACAUCAGUUGGCAAAAUAACUUGUCUAGAUCUAUGGCUUUUUGUCUGUUGUCAUAUGGGUUGUAUGACAUUGUAAUAUAAAGUGAGUGAAAAGUUUUUAUUUCUAUUAACAUAAAAUUUAACUUUGGAAUGUAAAAA